AUGAUAACCAAUUUUAUUGUCUUUUUGACAUUGAAUUUGUUCGUGAUCUGUACGGCAUUUUCUCAAUCUCCAUUAAUAAAAUUUCAAGCAAAAUCUUCCGAUGCUGUUUCAUCUAUGAAACAAGUAGCAGCAAUGUUAAAUGUACAAGUACCCGGAAAUUGGGCUGAUUUGAUGGGAUCACCAACAUCAUCUGGCUCACAUGGACAAGCAAAUGUUGGAGUCUCUACACUUGACUCUGUCAUGACUAAUUGGGCAAUACCAGAACAAUUUCGUAAUCAAGCAGUAAAUAGUGUUCGUUUACUUGCAUUAGCUGCUGCAGAAGGAACAUAUUCAGGUCAAGCAUUUUCAUUCGAUGUAGCAUCCAGUGCCUCAUUAACAACAUUAUUAGUCGUUGUAACAAGAAUAUCUUCGUCUGUUGAUCCAAAUUUACCACUUGCAAUUAUGUAUGUUACAAUAAAUACAAAUGCACAAAUCAAACAAUUGUUUUCAUAUUGGACUGAACGAGUAUGCCAUAAAUGUCCUAAAUGUCUAUGGAUGUCACGAUGUUGUUGUCAUGAUGAACAACGUUCCACACCACGUGGUCAUACACCAGCAGAAUUAAAUAUUGUUAGACAAAAAAUGACAGCAGAUCAAUUCAUUUGGUUCAAUCAACAAACAAUUCAAACAAAUCUUACAUCAUUGAAAUUAUCCAGUCAAGCAAUAAAAUUUAAUGGAAUUGAAAAACAAAAUCUACCAUUGAUAUUGAAAACAUUAUCCGAAGAUUAUGAAUUUGAUGAUAUUUAUUCCAACCCAAAUUAUUCACAACAAUUAGAAUCUCCACAAUUCUCUUAUGAAAAUUUAUUUUCAUCAGAAAUUGAUACUGAAAAUAAUUCUUUAUUAAUCAAAUACAUUUGGAUACUUGGACAACUUAUCGAUAAUUCAACAUGUACAAUUAAUUUUCUAUCGGUAGAUAUAACUUCAAAAACUUUAAUUAAAAUACUACUACUUAAUACUACUACAAAUUCUAUUUCUUCUCAUAUGAUUAAUAAAAACAAACAAUUGAAUAUUGUUCGUACAUCGACAUUAUCUUCCAAUGGUGAAUUCUUCAAUGAACAUCUAUUGACAUCAAUAACAUCAUGGCAAAAGAAUACAACAAGAAUUGUAUUAAAUAUGUUACGAUUUCUUGGUGCAACUAUACUAAUUCCACAAAGAUUUCGUAUGUUAUCUUCAUUUGAUACAGAAAUAAUUAUGCCAAAAAUAUAUCGUAACAAUGCGAAUCAAACUGAAUCCAAUGGUGUUACUGACAAAAUUAAGGCUCUGGCUAAUUCAGUUUCAACAGUUGUUGGUACUUUUAAAGAAAUUAUACAGACAUUGAAGACAAGUAAAUCGAUGACUAUUGAAAGAAUAAUUCGAUUUGGCUUUACUUAUUUCAAUCAGAAAACAACGAUUCUCCAGGCUAUCGAUAUUCCACGUGCUAAUGCAAAUGAAUUCGUCAAUGCCGUUAUUAUGGAUUAUAAUCUUCCAUCAAAAGGUAGUUUCAUGCUUGGAUUAACUUAUUCGAAUGAUUUUGCAUGGGAACAAAUUCAAUAUGUUUAUUCACCUGAAAUGAAUGGCAAAUAUCGUUGUUUAACAUUAUUUAAAAAUGGUGAUAGUAUCACAAAUACGGCUUCAUUUUUUAUUGUUAAUAUUGAUGCUGAUUGGACUUUAGCUCCUGAUCUAUUGCUUAUCAACAAAACAAAAAGUAUUUUAGGUGGUCUCUAUUCAUCUUCGAGUGCAUCACUUCAAGAAGUGCCCCAUGUUUUAACAAUUGACGAAGCAGUUCAAUUACAAAAAUUUUUUAUGUUAAUUGCCAUAGGAAACAUGGUUAGCACUUUAGGUGUUAAUACUACUAUUCCACAAAUUAAUUGA